AACUUUAGUUAUUACUUUCGUUUGUGCGAGACGUGUUUUUGGCUUUUCAUUGAACCCGUGUUUCACACAAAGCGCAAUUAUGAAUUGUAUUCCCUUAAUAAACCGGUAGCCUGCACAAUGUAUUUUGUAGCUCAUGACAAAAUACAGCGAAGUGUGUUCGCCAUAAACCAGCCUCCAGCUGCUAGUCUGAAUGUUUAAUUCCCAAUAACAGCAAUGCAAACGGCAGUUAAAGUUAACGCCGGCCUGUGCAGCUGCAGCUAGCUGCUGUUUCCAUGGAGACAGUGGAGCGCGGGGUUUGUAUUGAGUUGGCACGUCUUGACAGGGUGGGGCGCCAUUGUUGACAUUGCUAGGUGUGUUUUUAUGCUACACCUCUGGCCAGUUUUAACACCAAAUUGGCAUUUGUAAACCUCACUCUUCUGGAAUACCUGGUCAUAAAAUACACCAGGGAAAAAAAUAAUAAUAGUAGAACUGAAGGCCCUGUUAUUAAGGAGACAAACACAUCACUCAGUCCUUCAGCUUGCACAAAUGGAAAAUGGAGGACGAACCAAAAACGUGGUUAGAGCUUCCUCGCAAGGACCCCAUCAAGAUGGACGCUGUCUGUGCGGAGGCUCCUGAAAUGAACAUACAGGACACCACUGCUGCAUCAACAUCCGAGGGUAGUGAGCAGGAUUUUGAAUGUAUCGAUCUAGCUCCAUCUCCCCAAGAGCAACUCAGCGAUGAAACUGACACAUGGGCCCAGGUGUACUUGGAAAUCGAGAGACCAGGACACUUGGAUUGCUUCCACCAGCUAGGCAUGCCAACAUCUGCAGAAUUAGAGAGCGCCGCUCAUCAUAACAUGCUCCCUCCAAAGCUACAGGUUUUAUUGAGGAACAUUUCAGAAGAGCUGUACCGGAUACUUGAUCUUUCCAAGCGUCCGGUCCUUCCUCUCUCACAUCACACACAAUCUCUUUCCAGUGACGAGACCUGGCAGCGGGACAGACAGGCACUCCUGACUACAAUACACUCACUGCAAGAUCUGGUUUCCAGACUGACUGCUGAUAGAGACUUGGGAGAGUUGGAGGCACAUCUGAUCUCUAAAGACAGGAACAGCCUGCUGGAUGAGAUAGACAGCCUAAAGGCUAAGCUGAGGGACUUCCAGCAGCAGAGCCAGGAGGAACUGCUGCAGCUGCAGGAGACCCUGAGGGGGGCUCAGGCACAGGGCAACGAGCAGGGGCUCCAGCUCCACAGCCAAGUUGAGUUCCUGGAAUAUAACCUAGACCAUGGUCAGGCCAGAGCAAAUGAAGAUCUAGAGAGAUCACAGCGGUCUAACCGGGAGCUGCAGAAAGAACUCAGAGACUUGAAAUUGGUCCUGGAUGCUCAGACGACAGACCUGCACUUAGUUGCUGAGAGCCUUGAAGAUACGCAACAGAACAUGAAAGAGAUCCAGUUCAGCCUAGAGGCCAAAACUAAGAAGUGCAGGCUGGGGACUCAGAGAGAGCAGGAGCUGGUAGCUGCCUUGAAGACCCUGAAAGACCAGAAGCAGGAGCUGAAGAGAGCCCUCAAAAAAGAGAGGCAGCAGAGCACUAAGCUGAGGGCAGGGUGUCUGCAGCUGCAGCUGAACCUCGAGACUGUCCAUGCAAGGGAGAGGAAGAGAGAGGAGCAGAGGAGGCAGGAUUGGAAGACUCUGCUAAAGAAAGUGGGGGAGGCAUUGAAAAAUCAGAACAAAUUGGUCCACAGCCUUGACGCAGUAGAGGCAGUUGAGACAUUAGGAACAGCAUCUUGUGAGAAGCAGAAGUCCAGCAGUGAAGAGUCACGCCCGGCCUCUUCUUCCUCUCCCUGUGUAGACAGUGGCAUGUUCCACACAACCAGCCUGGAAGAGCCGAUGCACCAGGAACCCCAGUCUCUCUCCCAGCUUGCCAACAGAUUCUCACAGUCUCCUGGCGACACUGAGGACAGAACAAUAACACCCUGUGAGGACAAUGAGCCCUUACUGACUGAAUACAUCAAACAUUUACAGAUCGUCCAGCAAAGAAUAAAGGGGCUACAAUCAGUUCAGUUCCGGAACAACAUCGAGGACUUUCUGGGAGUGGACAAGUCGAAAGAAAAAUGAAUCUGCUGAAUUGUACUUCCA